UUUUAAUAGGAUGAUCAGUGGCAGUGUCGUUUCAUGAAAAAUAGCCUGGAAGGCAGCUGCAAGUUACGUGGGCCUAUAAGCCGCUGUGUUAACGUUCACAUUGUUUGGUGACAACAUGGCAGUUUGGAAGAUGGCGCUUGUCGCAGUCAAAUAUCGCAACAACUCCACUUCAAGGCAUCUAUAACCAGCUGCUCCCUCACCCAAACCCCCUAGCGAUCCGGCCGGCAACAUCUCACGGAGUCCUCGAAAAUGAACAAUAACUCGAACGAAUCGCCCGAAUCGCCAGCACGACCCUCUAGUCAACCUUCUCCUUUACUGAGCCAAACCCAACCAACCGAAGGGCCUGUCGAUAUGAGCCCACCGCAAAGUGGCAAGCUCUUUUCGGGAGAUCGAGGGCUACCAAGAUCGAAUUCUAUACAGGCUUCACAGCUGUGGCCAGCCACCACACAGGAUGGCUCGCCGGGCAUGAUUGAUCAGUGCAUGAUAUCGUGUCCGGAUUUGAAUCACUCUACAAGGCAGCCUUGGGCAACUUCGCGCCAAGUGGGAGGAUGGCAGCACCAAUAUAGUCGGCGUGGUUCUCGCUCGCAGCCUACCACACCACCAGGCUACAGUUUCCGCGAACGCAUCGCUGUCCGUUUCCGCCGCCGACGGCCCUGGGAAUCUCCAAAAUCCUGUCGAGGCUCAGCAACCGCUCAGCUUAACAUGCCGAGGUUCCAAGACGGACGAGAGAGGAGACGAAGAGCGCGAGGCUCGCUAGAACGGCACAGCCCUUCUGACAUUGGGAGCCCUCGACAAAGCACUCCUGUGGGAGAACGAGGAGCAGGCCCGCUAGUGGUGGCUGGAAUCGUGUUUGGCGACUGCUGACCUGGAUAGGCUGAGCCAGGCUUACAAGAAGGAGAGGGAGGAGGGAGACAAAGAAAGGUGAUUCAAGCGAGAGUUGAGGUUCAGGGCGAGGGUAUGAUUCUUUGUUGAUACAGCUGUGCAGCCACUUCUGGAAUAAGAUUAGAGAGUAGGGCUUUGUCUGUAUUGAUAAGAGGUAUUCUUUCAAUUCUUUGGAGUCUAUGCCAUCUCUUGUUGGGGCAGGUACAUAUGGUGAAGAUGCGUCUGUCUUAUAAACAAAGAGAUGGGAAUUACUCGGCCAUAAGUAGUACACCAUAUCACUUGCUGAAUCCACGAGCAGAUACUAGAAAGAUAAUGAAC